AUGGCCGAAUUCAUUAAGGAUCUGUGGGAGUCCAUCUUCACACCUGGGCCGACACCCUCCCUCCUGAUCGCUACGAACGUCUCCUUCGCCGCCCUGCAGGUCGUGCUCUUUGCGCUCCUGGUCGCGACCUACAGCGUUCACUUUGUCGUCUUGUCGGGUCUAUGCGGCGGGUUAUGGUGGGCGAUCAACUGGUUUGCGCGCGAGGUCAAGGAGGCGCAACGACUCGAGCAGCUCGAAAAACAGCGUCAACCCCCGCCCGCACUCAGCUCUUCGGAUGACGAGACCGAGGUAGAGACGACGGCGGCGCGACCCAGGCCGAGAAAGACGCCGGCGGCAGCAACGACGACCCAGGCAAAGCCCGAAGAGACAAAGGGAGAGCUGAAGCACCGGGCGGCGGCGACUCCACUAGCCGGCCCCUCGGCCUCGGCGACGUCCUCCAAGUCUGGCGUGAGCACGGAGGAUGAGUGGGAAAAGGUAUCCGAGUCCGAGGAAAAGGACCAUUGA